UCGCUUAUUGCUAUUCUUCCGCGACUGCUGCUUCAUCUACCAUACUCUAAACUUUUCUAAACCAAAUUCUCUUCUAACUGGAAAGUGCCUAGCAACAACAGACAUACCAUAUAAUCAAAUUUGACCUGACGUUGGCAAACUUCACAAUAUGCCUACCGCCCAGGAGAUCAUCGAAAAGCUUAACAUGACGCCCCAUCCUGAGAAAGGUUUCUACAUCCAAACGUUUGUCGAUCCGGCUAAGUCGAAUCACGAACAGCACAGUUCAGCUAUCUAUUAUCUCCUCGAAAAAGGCAACGGUCAAUCGAAUUGGCAUCGUGUUCUCAAUGCAGCCGAAAUUUGGCAUUACUACGCCGGCGCACCCAUCCGCCUCUCACUCUCGUGGAACGAUGGCACGCCCGUACGCCACAAAAUCCUCGGCGCCGACGUUUUGAAUGGACAGGAGCCACAGGUCAUCUUGCAGCAAAGCGAAUGGCAAAGUGCAGAGAGUCUGGGAGAUUGGACGCUCGUGGGUUGCACCGUCGCACCGGCUUUCAACUUUGAGAAAUUCGAAAUGAAGGAGCCGGGAUGGCAACCACAGGGCGCAUAGGUAUCUAGUAUUUUGUCAUCAGACACACUCAUAUUACAUGCGAAGUUCCUGUUCGAUCCAGCACCAUGUCUGGGUAAUUUUAGAGCUGUUGAAAAGGUUGGGAGUAGACCAAGUACGCGGAACGUUUGAAAGGACUUGAAAAUGUCAACCGAACUUUCUCAGUUCCUUAGUCUGAUCUGGUAACCCCUUCAUACGGCACUGAUCACAGGCUUUUUGAGACACUCAAUGGGCUUGUCGCCAUCGCCUGCACACGGCAUUACGGACUUAUAUAAUCCCUUUUCAUGCUGAGUUCGGC